CACGUUAACGCCGUCACAAUAGCAACGACGUUAAAAACUACUCACUUUAACGUCAUCGCAUGAAAACAAAUUUAGGAAGUGGAAGGAUGUCUGCAUUUGUGCAUCGAGACAGAAUUCAAAAUUGCUACAAGGAAACCAUCAAUGAUCCAUUCGAUGAAUUAACAAAUGAAAUGUUGCAUAAUACUGCAGUGUCGAAUAGCGUACCGAUGGAAUUUUUAAUUCCUCCUUUUCUAACUGGCAUCGCGCAUUUCCUGAACAAAUCGGAAAUUCGACCCUGGGGAAGCUGGACCCAACCUUCAAUCAUUUAUUCUGCGACGGUCGGAUUCACUGGAACAAACAAAACAGCAGCUAUGGAUGCUGUCCGAAAUGCCAUUGCCGAAGUUGAGAGUGCUACUGAAAUUUGCGACAUGAGGUCUAGAAUGAAUCAAUCUGCUACAGUUGAAUCACUAUUAAAACAGCUGAAUAACGACAGCCGGCAAAUUCAGCUGUGGGAUGAGCUCAAAACUUGGCAGAGCAGUCUCGGGCUGUACAAGACUGGUUCCGCAUCCGACUACGAUACAACUAUAUAUCUGACAACGUACAAUGGCGGAACUUUAAAGAGACAAACUUGUAGCAGUAACAUCUCCAUUCAAAAGCCUGUGGUAAAUAUCUGUGGAAUGGCGCAUCCUGGGGAAAUUUGCAGGUGCCUUGACGAGGAAAGAAAAAAUGCCAACUCUAACGAUGGUUUAUACAGCCGAUUCCUCCUUUGCAUGCCAAAACCGGAAUUCAGAGAUGCGGAUUUAAAUGAAGAAAUCUUACCUAAUACCCCUAGUCUGGCCAGAGUUUUCUAUGUGGUAGAUCAAACACAUAAAAAUAAAAGAUUCUAUAUGUAUGACAAUGACGCUCAGAAAUUGGCUGUGAAGUUCUACAAUGAGCAACAGGAAUUCCUUCGGGAAAACCACAGCACUGAUACAUAUAUAUCUGGAAUGUUGGGAAAACUGAAAGGACAUACCCAGCGCCUAGCAAUGAUAAUUCAGGCAGUCCUUAAUGCAGCCGAAUUUCUGGUAUCUGUUGGAGAGUCAUCUAACCAGCCAAUCACGUCUGAAUUUCAAGACAUAGUAAAGAAUGGUCUCCUCUUGCCUACUGAUGUUGAUAACAUUUGUUUGAUUAACACGCAAAGCACAGAAAAAUCCAUCAACCUUGCAAAAUAUUUCAUGAAUCACAAAAAGUAUCUGUCUGGAUAUACAGCUGCAGGAGUCCUUGAGCAGUCUUGCAAUAUCAUUCCACAACUAACAAGAAAGAUCCUUCUUUACCCAGGACCAUCCGUUCCAUGCAACGCCAUAACAAGGAGCACGAGAAAUACGGCUGAGCAGGUAAAAGACGAAAUGAAAUCUUUGUGCGAGCAAGGACUUGGCGAAACAAAACAUGAAAAGCCGCAAGGUGGAGGGCGACUGAUUUUCACUUUCAUUAAAAAAAACCACCCAAGACUUGUCUCUUGAAAGUACUGUACAGAUGACAAACACUCUUUCCAAGGUUGGAAUAGACAUGAGGGAGUACGAGGAUGCUCUUUCUAACACCGAGAAUGCACCACCGUGCAAAAAAAUGAAAACUCUGAUCAUGACUGAAUAAUUGUUCUACACUAAUUUCAUGUUGAUGUUGCACAACCACUUGAAUGGCCAUAAUGGCAUUGUUUUCAUACUGAUAUAUGAAUUUUAUAUAAUUCAAGUAAUAUACAACAAUAAAAUUCUAA